AUGGGGCCUGGGUAUAAUUGGGCGGAAGUUUCUCUGGGAAUUAGCUUUGAAGAAGAACACAAUGAGGAGGAUUCUGAACCCCAUCUGAAAAGCGGAGGCAAAGCAGUGGAGGUUAACACGGAUACAGAGGAGGAGACUGAGGAAGGGGUACAGUCUAAAACAAAAUACAUGAAAAUUAUGGGAUUUCAGAAAUUUGGUCAUCAGCUUGCCUUUUCUCAUAGGGAACUUCUAGAUCGUAGAAUGAAUGAGCAGCGAGAGGAUAGCAAUAUACAUUCUGCAUUAGAGGAUGAUAUUGAGGAACUAUCUGAGACGCAUUCAAGUAUUACGGUAAGUCUCAUCUGA